AUGCCGUCCAACAGCAAGUUGGAUCUCGAUACGCCCGUCGCAGAGUCCACUUCCUUCGCAGAGAAGUUGAUCCAGCAACAUCUACUCCAAAAGUCCCGUAACCUCAUCCUCCAGAGUAUCGCCAACAAAGCCAAUGCCCCUAUGCACGACCUUGCUAUCAGUGUUCUUCAGAAUAUGUCAGGUGCCAAGACGCUCGAAGCCUUGCAACAGUUCCAACAGCUUCAAAGACAGACCCAGCAGCAAUCAUCAUCUCACACACUUUCUCUUCUGAGCAAGUCCUCAUCCAUAAUGUCAGGCGCCUCUUCCUGGAAACCAUCAAGCGCACUUCGCUCGAGCGCAGAAGAUGAUGACGAUCUUCAGCCCACUCCUGAGCAACAAGAAUACUUCCGUCUACAGCUACUCAAGCAUCAGCAGCAGGUUCAACAACAGCAGUAUCAGCAGAAGCUCUUGUUCCAAGCCCAGCUGCAACUUCAGCAGCAGCAACAACAAUUGUCCCUGCCAACCGCGCCGACGAUGAACGAUGACGAUCCAUAUGGCGAGCACGACUCCACCAAGCCAUCGACCGACUUAUCUGCGUCCCAAUCAAGCCCAAAUAUGAACGCCACCGCUGCUGGUGGUGCCAACGUCGACACAUCUUCAGCCAAGAGCGAUUCCUGGAGCUUGGCCGCCGCUCUUCAAAAAACGGGCACCAAGGUCCAGAAGCCCAAGAAGCAGAGCUCUCGACCCCCUCGUGCUCUCGAGUGCUACAACUGCAAAGUCACUCAAACGCCGCUCUGGCGCCGAACAUUGGAUCGCAAGCACUCGCUUUGCAACGCCUGUGGAUUGUAUUACAAGCAGUACAACGGACAUCGCCCUCUGCAUGUCCGACAGAAGCCCUCUCUAAGCCAGGGUCAGAACCGCGACUCGUCUGCGCCUUACAUGAUCGCACCCUCGCCAGCAUCUGGAUCUUACCGAACGAUCCUUGCACCAAAGAAAGACCUCACCUCGCCUCCAUCGCCCUCCACAAGGGUCUCUUCGCCCGGUAGCAUGGACAUCGAGACCGAAUCUAUCUCCUCUGCUGGCGCCGACUCACACGAUGGUUUCGCCGAGAAGGAUCGAAGCAGAAAAGCAGGGUAUCUCUCAUCCUCAGUCGACAAUGAUGAUUCCAACGAUGACUCCUCAGAUGAGCAGCGCGCUUGCUCUGAGGGAUCGCAACGUCCUAGCGAAACUCCAUCCCCCAAGUCCCAUCCCCAAAACAUUGUCUUGACAAGCCCAGCCACUCUCGGACAGUGGGACUCACGGUUUGGCCAGGGCUCGCUCUCUCCUGGCGAUCUUCAACUGUCCGCCUCCGUCUCACCUGUACUGACGACUGACGGGACGUUUUCGCCUUCGAGCUCGGUGUGCUCGCCGCUAACCAGCGCCGAGAUGGCACCCAUCACACCCAUAAGCUUUUACAGCCUCCCCCCAACUGCUUUGAGCGGGCUGACGGGCUUACAGAUGUCUUCUGGCACAAUGUUCAAUGCGACUCCUUCCUCCAUGAUGGGACAGAGCGCGGCUCCUGCGCCUUCUGCCGCAUCAAGGUCGUUGAUCUUUGAUGACGCCCGAUUCCAAAUGUUGGUGGAACAUAUGCGACCCGGUCAAAUGUACAAGUUCCUCAACAUCCUCGAGAAGCGCUGCCAUGUCCUGCGUUCCCGUUUGGGUAUGCCGCCCGUGGCCGCGUCGACAUUGGACCACGAGCAGCAAUUGCUGAACCUUCUUCAGCCGCAGCCACAUCGUCAAACAUCCACUGCCAAUGACAAAUCUGAAAGUUACCAGGGCAUGCCUAUGUCCUCUGUCAAGGAUGCUGUGUCAGGUGACAUUUGGUCCUCAAUUGCAGCGGCGACCGCUCAGCAGCAGUCGAACGAUUUGAUUGCGUCCUUCUUUCACUCAAACGAAGCCGGUAAUGCCUUUAUGGGUCGAGGCAUGGACAUGGAUGACGGUGAAUCCAGGGCGGACAAGAACGCUCAACAAGAUGGCACCGAGAACGACGCCAAUGCCUUGCCAUUCUUUUCGUCAUCUCUCCCGUCGUCAUCUGCUGCGUCUCUGCUGACAUCUGGACUGAACCUGAUGGCCAACGACACCACCGACAGCAAAUUCUGGCAGUCCACCACAAGUUCGAUUGCAAUCUACGCAAACGAGUAA